AUGGCAGCAGGAGUGAAUAGGAAGAUAUCAGCUGCAUCAGCGAGGUCUCACACCAGAAAAUCAAAGCAGAAGACUUCUUUUCCUCUUCCUUCAGGAAUUGUUAAGAAAAUACUAGUGGUCUUCUUUAUUGGGUUUCUGGCAUGGGCCUAUCGGGCAACUCAACCACCUCCACCCAGGAAAUGUGGUUCUCCGGAUGGUCCCCCUGUUACAGCAUCUCGAGUGAAACUAAGUGAUGGAAGAUUUUUGGCCUACAAAGAGUAUGGGACUUCAAAGAACAAAGCCAAGUAUAAAGCAGUGUUUGUCCAUGGCUUUGAUUGUUGCAGACAUGAUGUUGCCACAACCCUCUCCUCGGAUGUUGUGGAAGAUCUAGGUGUCUACAUUGUCUCAUUUGACAGACCUGGUUAUGGAGAGAGUGAUCCUAACCCAAAACAAACAAUAAAAAGCUUGGCUUUGGAUAUAGAAGAGCUUGCUGAUCAGUUGGGACUAGGAUCCAAGUUCUAUGUAGUUGGAUUUUCCUUGGGUGGACAGUUGAUCUGGACCUGCCUCAAGUACAUUCCUCACAGGCUAGCAGGAGCAUCCCUUUUAGCUCCAGUUGUCAACUAUUGGUGGCCGGGUUUUCCUGUGAACUUAUCUACAGAAGCAUACAAUCAGCAGCCUGUGCAAGAUCAGUGGACUCUUCGUGUUGCUCACUACAUCCCGUGGCUUACUUACUGGUGGAACACACAGAAAUGGUUUCCUUCUUCUCACCAAGACAGAGAACUCAUUCCCCACAGUGUUUCAAUGAGAAAGGAGUAUGAGGUGAAAUGCUUGUAG